ACCGAAUCAGGAGACAAAUGACGAAAUUCAUCAUACUUUUGGCAGUCUUGGCCAUCGGCUCUCAGGCUCUGGCUAAGCCGCCACCGAGACACUUCGAUAGAAUUGAUCCUUUCCGCAAGAUAAGCGAUCAUGGCAAUCGAACUACUGACGAAAAUGAGGCUUCUGGAGACGAAGACAAAUUAGAACGACCUGGCAUGCAUGGUGAUGAAUUUAGCGAUGAUGGCGAUGAUGAGAUUGACUUGGUUAUUGAAGUUGAAUCUUUGCCACGACAUCACAACCGUGAGUUUGGAAAAAGACAUCAUGCUUCGAAUGGCACCGAAUUCGAUGCGCUCUCUGAUUCCGCUGACAACAAUAGGUCAACACCCAUGCAGCUAUGGAAUGCUGAAGAUUUUUCUGGAGAGCAAACUCUGAUUGUGCAUGCGAUACCGAAAGCAUCGCCUAAAGAGGAUGCAGGAUUCAAUCAGAGUGACGAAUACGACGUGACAUUUGAUUCCGGAGAAGAACCAACUAUUCCGGAGACAGGCAUGUAUAUAAUCGAAUUAUUCGACGCAAUUCGGAGGAACACGGAGUUCCAUGGCGAACAGAGUUCACACGCUCCAAGCGGCACAAACGGACAUGAAACGACCAAUUUGCAUAAUGCAAGACAUAGGAUUUCCCCAAACAAGUCGGCGACUCAAAAUCAGGAAAAAAGCAACGAAAUCCGAAAUGUUGGCACUGAUUCGACCCUCAACGCGGAAAAUCAACAGGAUCAUCACGAUCAGAGUUCGGUAUCCGACGGAUUUGCAUCUGAUUCAUCCAAAAGUGCGGAAAAUAAAAGCUCGUCUUCCCAAGAGGCCUCUCAGUCGACAAGUUCUGCGUCCGAAUCAUCUUCUGAAGAAAGAGCCAGCUCGUCCACGUCGGAUUACGCCACAUCGGAAGACUCGUCCAGGAUGGUUGCCACGGAUACGGAUCGUACAGCAACCACGCUCGGAAGCAACGAAGUCCGAGGUGUAGGCACCGGUUCGACCCUCAACGCGGAAAAUCAACAGGGUUAUCACGAUCAGAGUUCAGUAUCCGGCGGAUUUGCAUCUGAUUCAUCCAAAAGUGCGGAAAAUGAAAGCUCGUCUUCCGAACAGGCCUCUCAGUCGACAAGUUCUGCGUCCGAAUCAUCUUCUGAAGAAAGAGCCAGCUCGUCCACGUCGGAUUACGCCACAUCGGAAGACUCGUCCAGGAUGGUUGCCGCGGAUACGGAUCGUACAGCAACCACGCUCGGAAGCAACGGAGUCCGAGGUGUAGGCACUGGUUCGACCCUCAACGCGGAAAAUCAACAGGGUUAUCACGAUCAGAGUUCAGUAUCCAGCGGAUUUGCAUCUGAUUCAUCCAAAAGUGCGGAAAAUGAAAGCUCGUCUUCCGAACAGGCCUCUCAGUCGACAAGUUCUGCGUCCGAAUCAUCUUCUGAAGAAAGAGCCAGCUCGUCCACGUCGGAUUACGCCACAUCGGAAGACUCGUCCAGGAUGGUUGCCGCGGAUACGGAUCGUACAGCAACCACGCUCGGAAGCAACGGAGUCCGAGGUGUAGGCACUGGUUCGACCCUCAACGCGGAAAAUCAACAGGGUUAUCACGAUCAGAGUUCAGUAUCCGGCGGAUUUGCAUCUGAUUCAUCCAAAAGUGCGGAAAAUGAAAGCUCGUCUUCCGAACAGGCCUCUCAGUCGACAAGUUCUGCGUCCGAAUCAUCUUCUGAAGAAAGAGCCAGCUCGUCCACGUCGGAUUACGCCACAUCGGAAGACUCGUCCAGGAUGGUUGCCGCGGAUACGGAUCGUACAGCAACCACGCUCGGAAGCAACGGAGUCCGAGGUGUAGGCACUGGUUCGACCCUCAACGCGGAAAAUCAACAGGGUUAUCACGAUCAGAGUUCAGUAUCCGGCGGAUUUGCAUCUGAUUCAUCCAAAAGUGCGGAAAAUGAAAGCUCGUCUUCCGAACAGGCCUCUCAGUCGACAAGUUCUGCGUCCGAAUCAUCUUCUGAAGAAAGAGCCAGCUCGUCCACGUCGGAUUACGCCACAUCGGAAAACUCGUCCAGGAUGGUUGCCGCGGAUACGGAUCGUACAGCAACCACGCUCGGAAGCAACGGAGUCCGAGGUGUAGGCACUGGUUCGACCCUCAACGCGGAAAAUCAACAGGGUUAUCACGAUCAGAGUUCAGUAUCCGGCGGAUUUGCAUCUGAUUCAUCCAAAAGUGCGGAAAAUGAAAGCUCGUCUUCCGAACAGGCCUCUCAGUCGACAAGUUCUGCGUCCGAAUCAUCUUCUGAAGAAAGAGCCAGCUCGUCCACGUCGGAUUACGCCACAUCGGAAGACUCGUCCAGGAUGGUUGCCGCGGAUACGGAUCGUACAGCAACCACGCUCGGAAGCAACGGAGUCCGAGGUGUAGGCACUGGUUCGACCCUCAACGCGGAAAAUCAACAGGGUUAUCACGAUCAGAGUUCAGUAUCCGGCGGAUUUGCAUCUGAUUCAUCCAAAAGUGCGGAAAAUGAAAGCUCGUCUUCCGAACAGGCCUCUCAGUCGACAAGUUCUGCGUCCGAAUCAUCUUCUGAAGAAAGAGCCAGCUCGUCCACGUCGGAUUACGCCACAUCGGAAGACUCGUCCAGGAUGGUUGCCGCGGAUACGGAUCGUACAGCAACCACGCUCGGAAGCAACGGAGUCCGAGGUGUAGGCACUGGUUCGACCCUCAACGCGGAAAAUCAACAGGGUUAUCACGAUCAGAGUUCAGUAUCCGGCGGAUUUGCAUCUGAUUCAUCCAAAAGUGCGGAAAAUGAAAGCUCGUCUUCCGAACAGGCCUCUCAGUCGACAAGUUCUGCGUCCGAAUCAUCUUCUGAAGAAAGAGCCAGCUCGUCCACGUCGGAUUACGCCACAUCGGAAAACUCGUCCAGGAUGGUUGCCGCGGAUACGGAUCGUACAGCAACCACGCUCGGAAGCAACGGAGUCCGAGGUGUAGGCACUGGUUCGACCCUCAACGCGGAAAAUCAACAGGGUUAUCACGAUCAGAGUUCAGUAUCCGGCGGAUUUGCAUCUGAUUCAUCCAAAAGUGCGGAAAAUGAAAGCUCGUCUUCCGAACAGGCCUCUCAGUCGACAAGUUCUGCGUCCGAAUCAUCUUCUGAAGAAAGAGCCAGCUCGUCCACGUCGGAUUACGCCACAUCGGAAGACUCGUCCAGGAUGGUUGCCGCGGAUACGGAUCGUACAGCAACCACGCUCGGAAGCAACGGAGUCCGAGGUGUAGGCACUGGUUCGACCCUCAACGCGGAAAAUCAACAGGGUUAUCACGAUCAGAGUUCAGUAUCCGGCGGAUUUGCAUCUGAUUCAUCCAAAAGUGCGGGAUAUGAAAGCUCGUCUUCCGAACAGGCCUCUCAGUCGACAAGUUCUGCGUCCGAAUCAUCUUCUGAAGAAAGAGCCAGCUCGUCCACGUCGGAUUACGCCACAUCGAAAGACUCGUCCAGGAUGGUUGCCGCGGAUACGGAUCGUACAGCAACCACGCUCGGAAGCAACGGAGUCCGAGGUGUAGGCACUGAUUCGACCCUCAACGCGGAAAAUCAACAGGGUUAUCACGAUCAGAGUUCAGUAUCCGGCGGAUUUGCAUCUGAUUCAUCCAAAAGUGCGGAAAAUGAAAGCUCGUCUUCCGAACAGGCCUCUCAGUCGACAAGUUCUGCGUCCGAAUCAUCUUCUGAAAAAAGAGCCAGCUCGUCCACGUCGGAUUACGCCACAUCGGAAGACUCGUCCAGGAUGGUUGCCGCGGAUACGGAUCGUACAGCAACCACGCUCGGAAGCAACGGAGUCCGAGGUGUAGGCACUGGUUCGACCCUCAACGCGGAAAAUCAACAGGGUUAUCACGAUCAGAGUUCAGUAUCCGGCGGAUUUGCAUCUGAUUCAUCCAAAAGUGCGGGAUAUGAAAGCUCGUCUUCCGAACAGGCCUCUCAGUCGACAAGUUCUGCGUCCGAAUCAUCUUCUGAAAAAAGAGCCAGCUCGUCCACGUCGGAUUACGCCACAUCGGAAGACUCGUCCAGGAUGGUUGCCGCGGAUACGGAUCGUACAGCAACCACGCUCGGAAGCAACGGAGUCCGAGGUGUAGGCACUGAUUCGACCCUCAACGCGGAAAAUCAACAGGGUUAUCACGAUCAGAGUUCAGUAUCCGGCGGAUUUGCAUCUGAUUCAUCCAAAAGUGCGGAAAAUGAAAGCUCGUCUUCCGAACAGGCCUCUCAGUCGACAAGUUCUGCGUCCGAAUCAUCUUCUGAAAAAAGAGCCAGCUCGUCCACGUCGGAUUACGCCACAUCGGAAGACUCGUCCAGGAUGGUUGCCGCGGAUACGGAUCGUACAGCAACCACGCUCGGAAGCAACGGAGUCCGAGGUGUAGGCACUGGUUCGACCCUCAACGCGGAAAAUCAACAGGGUUAUCACGAUCAGAGUUCAGUAUCCGGCGGAUUUGCAUCUGAUUCAUCCAAAAGUGCGGGAUAUGAAAGCUCGUCUUCCGAACAGGCCUCUCAGUCGACAAGUUCUGCGUCCGAAUCAUCUUCUGAAGAAAGAGCCAGCUCGUCCACGUCGGAUUACGCCACAUCGGAAGACUCGUCCAGGAUGGUUGCCGCGGAUACGGAUCGUACAGCAACCACGCUCGGAAGCAACGGAGUCCGAGGUGUAGGCACUGGUUCGACCCUCAACGCGGAAAAUCAACAGGGUUAUCACGAUCAGAGUUCAGUAUCCGGCGGAUUUGCAUCUGAUUCAUCCAAAAGUGCGGAAAAUGAAAGCUCGUCUUCCGAACAGGCCUCUCAGUCGACAAGUUCUGCGUCCGAAUCAUCUUCUGAAGAAAGAGCCAGCUCGUCCACGUCGGAUUACGCCACAUCGGAAGACUCGUCCAGGAUGGUUGCCGCGGAUACGGAUCGUACAGCAACCACGCUCGGAAGCAACGGAGUCCGAGGUGUAGGCACUGGUUCGACCCUCAACGCGGAAAAUCAACAGGGUUAUCACGAUCAGAGUUCAGUAUCCGGCGGAUUUGCAUCUGAUUCAUCCAAAAGUGCGGAAAAUGAAAGCUCGUCUUCCGAACAGGCCUCUCAGUCGACAAGUUCUGCGUCCGAAUCAUCUUCUGAAGAAAGAGCCAGCUCGUCCACGUCGGAUUACGCCACAUCGGAAGACUCGUCCAGGAUGGUUGCCGCGGAUACGGAUCGUACAGCAACCACGCUCGGAAGCAACGGAGUCCGAGGUGUAGGCACUGGUUCGACCCUCAACGCGGAAAAUCAACAGGGUUAUCACGAUCAGAGUUCAGUAUCCGGCGGAUUUGCAUCUGAUUCAUCCAAAAGUGCGGGAUAUGAAAGCUCGUCUUCCGAACAGGCCUCUCAGUCGACAAGUUCUGCGUCCGAAUCAUCUUCUGAAGAAAGAGCCAGCUCGUCCACGUCGGAUUACGCCACAUCGGAAGACUCGUCCAGGAUGGUUGCCGCGGAUACGGAUCGUACAGCAGCCACGCUCGGAAGCAACGAAGUCCGAGGUGUAGGCACUGGUUCGACCCUCAACGCGGAAAAUCAACAGGGUUAUCACGAUCAGAGUUCAGUAUCCGGCGGAUUUGCAUCUGAUUCAUCCAAAAGUGCGGAAAAUGAAAGCUCGUCUUCGGAACAGGUCUCUCAGUCGACAAGUUCUGCGUCCGAAGCAUCGUCUGAAGAAAGAACAAGCUCGUCCUCGUCGGAUCAAGCCACCUCCGACAAGUCAUCCGGAUCCGUCACUGUGAUUAAGGGACACACACGCGACUCGAUUGGAAGUGACGAAAAUAGAGUCUUACAAGUCCGUUCAACUGGCACUAGUAACAAUUUCGAUGUCCUUGAUUCAAAUUCCUCUGGAUCGACAGAAUUCGCGUCUGUUUUCGCGUCUCUUGCCCAAGAACAACCUUCUGCUUAUUCUGUUUCUUCCGCUUCUACAGAUUGCUACAACCGAUGUUUCCAGCAGUGUUCAGUUUUUCCAACCGUGUAGUUCAUUUCAUGAUUGUCACUUAACUACGGAGCAUUCAACCUUGCUCCUGAAGUGAAUUCCACUCCCUAGUAAUAGAAUCCUUCUUCCGUUAUUAUUAUACUGAACUCUUGUGGCACUACUGGCGAAAUGCGCAAUUAUCAUUCGACCUGUCUGUCCCAUUAUCGGGUUAGUGUACGGGAAAUUUUACAAAAAAAUUGGUAAUCAUUGAGUACAUCAUCCAGUGUUACCUUUCACGCUGAGAUUUAUGAUGGACUACGAGUCAGCCCAGAUCUAUCCCUUAUAAACUUUGGAUUCACGACUGACCUGCUCAAUGUCGACGUCACGACAAAUUUCAAACAUAGAAUGUACACGAUAUCGUCCUGCUCCGUUCUACAUUACAGACUAAACCAAACUGUUCAAACAUUCAAAUCCUCUAAAUCCUGUUUAAAUUUGUUAGACCAUCCUAGGUCACUCUACCGACAAAUUGUGCACCAUAUACUGUGUAUUGCAAACGAACCAGGCUUCUGCCUCACGUUUGGCAUUCCUAUAUCGAAUAUCGCGGCAUCGGCUCAAAAUAUAAGUUGUACUUCCGCCUGCAAUUGAUCGACUCUAUACCUUUCUGGUAAUACGUCAAUUACGACUCGACUUCACGCUCUUCGGGAAUUAACUUUGCUGUUUCAAAUCCAUGUGUAACGAGUUUCAAAUCGAUCAUAAGUAUGUGAUAAAUUUGGAUGCCAGUGCAAGUCAAAUAACGAACCGCACAACAGUUCAGCAAGAGCACAUUCUGACCCAAAGAGUUGACUGUGAAUAUUAAUACGAUCGUCUUGAGGUGCGCCGCUAUGUAACGAAUGUUACAGAAAUGUAGUAAGAAAUAAAUGUCUAUAGCUUACACAUGAAUUUUCUUGAAAUGUACAACUAUCUGUUACAUUUUUAUUCUUGAAGUAAUGCAAAUCCAUUUUAUCACUAUUUGGAUUACGAGUUUCUUUGUUUCAAUCCAUACUUGAAUUCUAUUCUAUAUGCUGCGUCUAUUUUUCUUCUUGUAUUCUUGUCUGUUGUAUUGUAUUUCAUAUAAUAUGUAUAAUUUUUGGACCACAUUGUCUGUCCGAAAAAAUAAAACACAGAAACGGUUGUUAACGAUAAAUUCCAAGGUUGUAUGGGAUUAUCGUACUUUGACGAGAAGUUUUCAGUGUCAAUCGAAA